AUGGGCGGCGACAAGAUCAAGAAAGACAAGCGCCAAAAGCGCGAGGAUUACCGGGCGGCGAUGAGGAAAGAUGACAUCUCAGAACUGCCCAGGAAGAAGUUUUACCGCCAAAGAGCCCAUGCCAACCCCUUCUCCGACCACCAAUUGAUCUACCCCCCACACCCGGACCAGAUGGACUGGUCAUCCCUCUACCCACACUACAUCGUCGACGAGCCAACAACAACAUCACCACCACCACCACCGCCAGUCCCCGAACAGACCCCCUCCGAACCCGACCUCACCCCGCUCCGCCCCAAACCACUCUCCAAAGAGGUCUCGGUAGCCGACAUCGGGUGCGGGUUCGGCGGGCUGCUGAUCGCGCUGGCGCCGACGAUGCCGGAGGCGCUGAUCCUGGGGCUGGAGAUCCGGGUGUCGGUGACGCACUUUGUCGAGGACCGCAUCAAGGCGCUGCGCGCGCAGAACCAGGCGGCGGGCCUGUACCGCAACGUGGGCGUGCUGCGCGCCAACACCAUGAAGUUCCUGCCCAACUUCUUCCGCAAGGCCCAGCUGGAAAAGGUGUUUAUCUGCUUUCCGGACCCGCACUUCAAGAUCCGCAAGCACAAGCAGCGUAUUGUGUCGACGACGCUGAAUUCCGAGUAUGCGUAUGUGGUUAAGCCGGGGGGGAUUGUGUAUACUAUUACUGAUGUGCUGGAUCUGCAUGAGUGGAUGGUCCAGCACUUUGAUGCGCACCCGUCGUUUGAGCGCGUGUCGGAAGAGGAGCAGGAGGCGGAUCCGUGCGUUGCUAUUAUGCGCACGGAGACGGAGGAGGGGAAGAAGGUGGAGAGACAUAAGGGGGAGAAGCAUGUGGCGCUGUUUAGGAGGCUGGAGGAUCCUGCUUGGUGA